UGCCCUCCCCUGCGCGCAGUCAGCUGAGAGCCCCGCCGCGGCCGCCGGAUCCCGGUGUCCCCCCCGUCCCCUCCUCUCCCCCCGCACAUUAUUGUGCCGCCGCGGGGAGCAGCGCGGAGAGGCGCCGCCGCUCCCGCCACCCGCAGCCGCGCCCGCGCGCUUCCUCCCCCCCCCCCCGCCAAGUCCUUCCUGCCCCCGCCGCGGACCCCCCCGCAAGGCGACAUGGCCCCCAUCGGACUCAAGGCUGUGGUCGGAGAAAAGAUUAUGCACGAUGUGAUCCGGAAAGUGAAGAAGAAGGGCGAAUGGAAGGUGCUGGUGGUGGACCAGCUCAGCAUGCGCAUGCUGUCCUCCUGCUGCAAAAUGACCGACAUCAUGACGGAGGGCAUAACAAUUGUGGAAGAUAUCAACAAGCGCCGGGAGCCGCUCCCCAGCCUGGAGGCCGUCUAUCUCAUCACGCCCUCCGAGAAGUCCAUCCACUCCCUCAUCAACGACUUCAAGGACCCCCCCACCUCCAAGUACAGAGCAGCCCACGUCUUCUUCACUGACUCCUGCCCCGAUGCCCUCUUCAACGAGCUGGUGAAAUCCCGCGCCGCAAAGGUGAUCAAAACCCUGACAGAGAUCAACAUUGCCUUCCUCCCAUCCGAGUCGCAGGUUUACUCCCUGGAUUCUGCCGAUUCCUUCCAAAGCUUUUACAGCCCACACAAGGCUCAGAUGAAGAACCCGAUCCUGGAGCGCCUGGCAGAGCAGAUCGCCACGCUGUGCGCCACGCUGAAGGAGUACCCAGCAGUGCGGUACAGAGGAGAUUACAAAGACAACGCCAUGCUGGCCCAGCUCAUCCAGGACAAGCUGGAUGCCUACAAGGCUGAUGACCCCACUAUGGGCGAGGGUCCGGACAAGGCUCGCUCCCAGCUCCUCAUCUUGGAUCGGGGCUUUGACCCUGUUUCCCCGGUACUGCAUGAACUGACCUUCCAGGCAAUGAGCUAUGACCUGCUGCCCAUCGAGAACGACGUCUACAAGUACGAGACAAGUGGCAUUGGAGAAGCCCGGGUGAAGGAGGUUCUCCUGGAUGAGGAUGACGACCUCUGGGUCACCUUACGCCACAAACACAUCGCGGAGGUGUCCCAGGAGGUGACCCGAUCCCUGAAGGAGUUUUCUUCAAGCAAGAGGAUGAACACGGGCGACAAGACCACCAUGAGAGACCUGUCCCAGAUGCUGAAGAAGAUGCCACAGUACCAGAAGGAGCUCAGCAAGUACUCUACUCACCUGCACCUGGCUGAAGACUGCAUGAAGCACUACCAAGGCACAGUGGAUAAGCUCUGCAGAGUUGAACAGGACCUGGCCAUGGGCACUGACGCUGAAGGAGAGAAGAUCAAGGACCCCAUGAGGGCCAUUGUCCCCAUCCUGCUGGAUGGGAACGUCAGCACCUACGACAAGAUCCGCAUCAUCUUGCUCUACAUCUUCCUGAAGAACGGUAUCACUGAGGAAAACCUGAACAAACUGAUCCAGCAUGCUCAGAUCCCUGCAGAGGACAGCGAGAUCAUCACCAACAUGGCCCACCUUGGGGUGCCCAUCAUCACAGACUCCACCCUGCGCCGCCGGAGCAAGCCGGAGCGGAAGGAGCGGAUCAGCGAGCAGACCUACCAGCUCUCCCGAUGGACCCCUGUUAUUAAGGACAUCAUGGAGGACGCUAUCGACGACAAGCUGGACACCAAGCACUACCCUUAUAUCUCCACCCGCUCCUCCGCCUCCUUCAGCACCACUGCCGUCAGUGCCCGCUACGGUCACUGGCACAAGAACAAGGCGCCCGGCGAGUACAGAAGCGGCCCCCGCCUCAUCAUCUUCAUCCUGGGCGGCGUGAGCAUGAACGAAAUGCGCUGCGCCUACGAGGUGACGCAAGCCAGCGGCAAGUGGGAGGUGCUAAUAGGUGCUACUCACAUUCUCACUCCCACCAAAUUUCUCGCGGACCUGAGGCACCCCGACUUCAGGGACUCCACUAGGGUCUCAUUUGAGGAUCAGGCUCCAGCAAUGGAGUGAGCCAAAGCAACCAAGGUCCACGCACAUCCUCACCCCACAGAAGCUGCUGGACACGCUGAAGAAACUCAAUAAAACAGAGGAGGAAAGCAGCAGUUAAAAGGAGCCGCCGCGAGCGCCACCGAUGUCCCCCGUCCCUGCCCGGGGCCGUCCCGGGAGCCGCGACGCUGCUGCACCGGGACGCCGCGUCCCCAGCCCCGGCCCCGCUUUCUCUCUCGUUCUUGUGUUGGAACCCCCCGUCCCCCCCGCCGCCUUCCCCAGCUCUCAUUUUAACCAAAGGGAGGGGACAACACAGAAGAAAAUAAUGUUAAUCAUACCGAUGCAUCGUGUUUAAAAGAGGAAAAAAAAAAUAUAUAACUAUCUAUUUAUAUAUAGCGAUCCGAAAGCGAGAUCUCCUUUCCAAGGAGCCCAUCGCAAGGGACCGGCGCUGACAAAAAAAAAAAAGGAAAGAAAAAAACAAACAAAAAACUGUCCAAAUUUUGUUCCUCGUUGGGGUUUGUCGCACGGACGGAUGGAGGCACCUCGCCUGAUGCUGGCUCCGGGAUCUCGCACCGGACCCGGCCGCGGGCAGGGAGGCACCGCUGGGGACCUGCUCGUUGCCGCCGCCGCCACCGCCGGGGUCUCUGCUCCUGCCCUCCCUCGCUCGCGGGGCUGCGGCGGGGGGCCGGGCGCUGGGGCCGGGGCGCCCUGCUGUGUUCCGAGUCCGUUUGAUCAAGGCUUGCUGCCCUCCCCGCUGGUCCCGGCUCCCGGGCCUCCCCCAGCCAGAUGUUGGUGAACAUCUGGACGGCGGCAGCCUCUCGCUUUGCAUGCAUCGGCGUGCUGCUGGCGGCGUUUCCUGCGCUGUGGCACCGCUUGGCCGGGUGCCGCCGGCCCCCGCGCGAGGUCCUGGGCGAAGGGGGACCAGGACAGCCGAAAGCUGGAGAAGGGCCCCGGUCCUCGCGCCGGCGGCUGCUCCCUGCCCGGCCGGCUGCCCGCAGCCCCAGCCCUUCCCACCCUUCUUCAGUUUGCUGCAUCCCUUCAAAGAAAUAUAUAUAUAUAUAUAUGUAUAUACACACACAUAUAUAUAUAUAUACCCACACACACAUAUAUAUAUAUGAGCAGGAUAGGGUUCUUUUUCAUGGCGCGGGGUGCGGGGAGCUCUCUCCGCUUGCAACACCCUCCCGCAGCCCCGCCGGCCCCGCGCUCUCGUCGUCCCGUGGUGAAACGUUUCUGACCGUGGAAGUGGCCGAACGCCCCCCCCGCCCUCCCUGUCCCCCAGCCUGGGCCCCCCCUCACAGCGGACUGUGUGUAUAUUAAUUACUGUGUCUCGUGAAGUUCUUACAAGCUUGGUGUAUAGUGAUUUAACCAAACCUUUCGUUUCGUUCUGGUUUUUUUACAUUCGAGGAUUCCCCCCUCCUUUCCCCGCCUCUAGAUGCACUGCAAUACUUGGGGGUCAUUCGCGUUGUUCUCUUUUGCUCCCUUCGGGUCUGAAGGCAGUGACCCCGUUUCCUCCCCCCAUAUCUCUUUCUUGCCUCCUUGGUGGUUAGACUUUCCUCCCCCUCCCCCUCUGCUCCUUGCCCAUAAAGUUAAAUAUAUAUUUUUAGGGCAAAGGCUGUAUCAUUGCACUGAUAUUUGUUGGUUCCUCCUUGGUCUUCUCCCCCCUUUUUGAGUUCUUUCUCAGUUUAGCAAUGCAAAUGCUUCAGGAUCUUGUAUGUUGGACAUUUUUUUUUUCUGUUACAGUUAUUUAUAUAAAAAAUAAUUUAUCAAAAAGGAAAAUUAAAAAAAAAAAUCUAGUCUGUCUUGGAACUUGUUUACCUUGAAAUUACUGGAAUCUAAAUGUUUGAAAGUGUUGAAGCACAAACAUGUAUCAUCUCUGUAUAUCUGUUCUUCUGUACUAAAGCACUCGAGUGACUAAAUAAAUGCGAUCUCCAUACAUAGUGCAA